AUGCCACUGUGUGAAAGAAAAGUAUGCUAUAUCCAGUGGAUUGUCUACGUCCCCACGUUUGUGGUGGGUCUUCCCCUCAACCUGGCCGCUCUGUGGCUCCUCCUCUUCAGGAUGCGUCGAUGGACUGAGUCCAUGGUGUACCUCAGCAGUCUGAUCAUCAACGACAGCCUGGUCAUCUUCUCUCUGCCCUUCAAGAUAUACGCCUACGAACACAUCUGGGGCCUGAGCAUGGGCUUCUGCACCUUCCUGGAGAGCCUGGUGUUCGUCAACAUCUAUGGGAGCAUCAUACUGAUCGUGUGCAUCUCAGGCGACCGCUAUGUUUCUCUGCGGUUUCCAUUCAACGGCAAGCAUCUACACUCGUCACGGAAGGCUGCCCUGGUAUGCCUGGCCGUGUGGGUGACGGUAUUCGCUUUCACCACGCCCAUCUAUGAGCUCCACAACAAAAACAACAACGACAGCGGACUGCACAAUGACAACGAAACCAGGUGUUUCCAGAACUUCUCCAGCGAAACCUGGAAGAAGAAAUGGAUCAUCAUCGCCAUGGAGACGGUGUUCACGAUCAGCACGGUCGCCAUGGUGUUCUUCUCGGUGCGCGUGAUGCAGAUCCUGAGUGACAUGCGGCGACGGAACCCGCUGGACGAGAAGCUGAGGAACAACAAGUCUGUGAAGAUCGUCCUGAGCAACCUGGUGGCCUUCCUGCUGUGCUUCAUCCCCUACCACGUGGCCGCAGUCGUCUACUUCCUGGCCAAGAACUUCACGGAGGACCGGGGCAUCAUCGACCCCCUCAGAGAUUUCGUCCACAUCAGCACCUGUCUGGGCACUGUCAACUGUUUGACGGACGGGGUCUGCUACUACCUCAUCCUGAAGGAGAACCUGCUGACUGCCAGCCAGGAGAGGAGGAGGAUGUCCACUAGAGGAAACACAGUGGCAAGGCUCAGGGAAAUCAACCAGCAUCCAAUGGACAACAUCAAGGUCAAGGAACCUGGAGAGACAGGCUCAGACACCCAGGUCAAUGGAGAUUGA